AUGCUACCUGGUGUUGCAUCUCUGGGGGUUAAUUGGAUGCGCUCCUCCAAUGUACCGAUGCUUCCGGCAACUCGGGUCUGCUUUCGUCCUCGCCAGCGGCCUAUUCGGGUACGUCUUCGAGUGGACACUGGUGGGCGCAUGAAGGUGCCGAGGGGCCGCAAGAAGAGCUCAAAACCCAUGGAGUGGGCAAAGGAGACGCGGCUCACCCGCUGGCGGCAGCGCGCUGCAGCGACAGCCCUUGCAGUGCUUGUGAUGGUUGGAGUGGUGGGAGGUGCUGUGUCCAACUCUCGCGCUGCAGCCCUGCAAGCACGUCUGGAGCAGCAUGGGCAGAUUGAGUAUGUCUACAAAACGGAUACCCCGUUCCGAAAGGCCGAGCGCUUCGUGCGCGCGCCUCAGUCGAUCCUGAACCGCCGGAUUGGAUCCCCCCGUGAGAUUCCUUCCCCUCGCGCAUGGAGGGGCUGGGUCUCGGAUACGGCUGGGGUGUUGAGCCCCAGCGCUGUGGGAAAGAUCAACCAGCUGGCCGAUGAGAUCCAAAGAAGGACGGGGGCUGAAGUGGUGGUCGUCACCGUUCCUGGAGUGUCAGGUGCAGAACAAGACAGGAAGGAGGUCAAGAGAUUUGCCACUCAGCUUUUCAACUCUUGGGGCAUCGGGGAUCGCUAUAAGAACAAUGGAGUCUUGGUCUUGGUGUCUACUGGUGACCGUCGCGUGGAGGUGGAGAUCGGAAAGGGCUUGAACGAGGUCUUCAACCGAGAUGAGUGGCUACAGCGCAUGAUCCACUCACAGAUCACGCCUUCUUUGCGUCGGAACCUCUACGAUCAGGGUGUCACCUCUGGCGUCUCAGCCUGCUGCCGACAACUGGAGCGAAGCGACAGGGAGAUCUCCUCACCGCAGCGCUGGCGCACCCGAGCGAAUCUGCUGUGGACCGGCAGCGGCUUAGCCGCCGUGGCGGGACUCUUGUUUCGUGGCUCCUGGGCGAAGCCACCGAAGUGCUCGCUGUGUGGUGCGCGGAUGUCCCGCCUGCGGGCCGCGGAAGCGGGGGAGCUGCAACCAGGACAGCGCGCCGAGCUGGAGCUGGGCUCCGUGCAGCACGUGCUGUGCGGCUGUGGGCGCCCUGGGUGUCAGAAGCGAUGGGCUCAGGACACCGGGGUGCGAUCGUUUACCGGGGCCCAACGGAUAGGCGGAGCGGUGGGCCGCAACCGGAAUCUGAGACUGACACCCAAAGAGGUGCAAGCCGCAACCAGAGAAGCCGAAGCUGUGGGCAUCCUCUCACAGGUUCAGCGCCUCUCUCGCUUCCGGCCUUGUGCGUCCUGCGGCUUCCGCUGCGCCCUGACGCGCACGGUGCUGCUGGUGCCGCCGACGACCGUGACACCGGGCUUUCGGGAGGAUCUGACCGAGUGCUACUUCUGCUCGGCCAGCUACAGCAACCAAGUGGUCUUGCCCGUGCUACCGAAGAUGACAAGCUCCGGUGGUGGAGGUGGGGGAGGUGGAUCUUCGGAUGGCGGUGGCAGUGGUGGGGACUUCUGA